AUGGCGAUUGAAAUGGAAGCUCUGGAAAAGAAUUCUACAUGGGAAAUAGUCCAGUUGCCACAAGGGAAGAAACCCGUUGGAUGUCGGUGGAUAUACACCAUUAAAUACAAAGCUGAUGGAUCCAUAGAUCGAUACAAAGCUCGAUUAGUGGCCAAAGGGUAUACACAAACGUAUGGAAUUGACUACCAAGAGACAUUUGCACCUGUUGCCAAGAUCAAUACCGUACGUGUUCUCAUGUCAUUGGCUGCAAACCUUGAUUGGCCACUAUUGCAGUAUGAUGUAAUGAAUGCAUUUCUUCACGGGGAAUUGCAAGAAGAAGUGUAUAUGGAACCACCACCAGGGAUCUCCAUGGCACUUGGUCCCAACACCGUGUGCAAGCUGAGAAAAUCAUUAUAUGGGCUAAAGCAGUCACCACGAGCCUGGUUUGGAAAAUUCACAGAUUCUAUGAAGCGCUUUGGGUACACUCAGAGCCACUUGGAUCACACUUUAUUCUUAAAGCGUCGUGAAAUGAAGAAUCUGCAGAAGCUCCUUGCUAGUAAAUUUGAGAUGAAGGAAUUAGAUACUGGAAUGCUUGAUUGUAAGCCAGCUGACACACCUAUUGAGCAGAACCACAAGUUAGGGAUGUAUCCAGACCAAGUACCCACUGACAAAGAAAGGUAUCAAAGAUUGGUUGGGCGACUGAUUUAUCUAUCACACACACGCCCCGACAUAGCUUAUGCUGUGAGUAUGGUGAGUCAGUUUAUGCAUCAACCAAGUGAGGCACACAUGAAUGCAGUAACUCGGAUCAUGAGGUACUUGAAGGCUGCCCCUGCCAAAGGGUUGAUAUUCUCCAAACAUACACAUAUGAACCCAGAAGGAUACACAGAUGCGGAUUGGGCAGGAUCCAUCACAGAUAGACGUUCUACUUCUGGAUACUUUACAUUUGUGGGGGGCAACUUAGUCACUUGGAGAAGUAAGAAGCAAAAAGUUGUGGCUAGAUCAAGUGCUGAAGCAGAAUUUAGGGGAAUGGCUCAAGGAGUUUGUGAAUUGCUCUGGUUACGGAGAUUACUGAAGGAUCUGGGAAUUAAACCAUUGAAAGCUACAAACUUGUACUGCGACAGUAAAUCAGCUAUCGAGAUAGCACAUAACCCAUCUGCAGAGAAGAGAAAAGACAUGGCUUUGAUCGGAGAGGCUCUUAUCUCUGCUUCCGUCCAGGUGUUGUGCGACAGAAUUACUUCACCCGAGUUCGUUGACUUAUUUUGGCACAAGAAACUCGAUGAGCCACUCCUCAUGAAGCUGAAGACGACGCUGUUGACCUUAUACGCAGUUCUCGAUGACGCAGAGGAGAAGCAAAUUAAGAAACCUGCUGUGAGGAAUUGGCUCGACGAGCUCAAACAUGCUGUCUUUGAUGCAGAGGACUUACUUGAUGAGAUUGACACGGAAGCUUUACGAUGCAAGUUCGAAGGAGAAGAUCAAACUGGAAAAUUUACCAACAAGGUGCGGAACUUGCUCUUUUCUUCUCGUAAUCAUUUUUAUCAGAGCAUGAAUGAUAAGAUACAAGAGUUACUAGCAAGGUUAGAAAACUUUGUACAACUGAAAAGUGCUCUUGGUCUGAGAGAAGAUGUUGGACGGAAGGUUUCACAAAGAACUCCAACAACUUCCUUGGUUCAUGAACCUUGUGUCUAUGGUAGAGAUGAAGUCAAAGAAAAUUUCUCAAAAGUGUUGCUAUCUGAUGAUGCAAGCAAGGAUGAUGUGUCGGUCCUCACCAUUGUUGGAAUGGGCGGGGUUGGCAAGACAACCCUUGCCCGAAUGCUUUACAAUGACGAUAAGGUGAAAGGUCAUUUUACAUUUCAAGCUUGGGCUUGUGUUUCAGAAGAUUAUGAUCCUAUUAGGAUAACAAAAACUCUUCUUGAGUCAGUCACUUCAAAGCCUUGUAAUACGACAGAUUUGAAUUUGCUUCAAGUUGAACUAAGAGAACAACUGAGGGGAAGAAAAUUUUUAUUUGUAUUGGAUGACCUAUGGAAUGAGGAUUAUACUGAUUUGAAGUUCCUCCAAACUCCUUUUAGGUCAGGAGCAAGGGGGAGUAAAGUCAUCAUAACAACACGGAACAAAAAUAUAGCAUCUGUCAUGCAAAAUGUUCCUAUUCAAUACUUGGAACCACUGUCACAUGAGGACUGCUGGUUGUUACUUUCAAAACAUGCGUUUGGAAAUGAAAACUGUAGUGCACAUCCAAACUUGGAAGACAUUGGAAAGCAAAUUGCACUCAAAUGCAAAGGGUUGCCUUUAGCUGCACAAACACUUGGGGGUUUGUUACGUUGCAAUAUAGAUUUCGAGUACUGGAAUAGAAUACUAAAUGACAGUUUUUGGGACCAACCCUAUGAUACAACUAACAUUCUUCCGGCUCUAGGGUUGAGUUACCAUUAUCUUCCUGCUCAGUUGAAACGAUGCUUUGCUUAUUGUUCAAUUUUUCCAAAGGAUUAUGAGUUUGAAAAGGAAGAUAUAGUUCAAUUAUGGAUUGCAGAAGGUAUAAUUCCACAAGCUGAGAAUGGAAAAAGGAUGGAAGCAUUGGCUAGAAGAUACUUUGAUGAGCUAUUAUCACGAUCGUUGUUUCAAAAGUCAAGGAAAUUCUGCUUCAUUAUGCAUGAUCUCAUUAAUGACUUGGCUACGUUCAUGUCUCGGGGGUUUUGCCAUAGGCUCGAAGGUGGGGUAUCUCGUGAAGUUAAAAGAGCUCGUCAUUUGUCAUAUGCUAGGGAAAAAUUUGAUGCUGCUCCAAGAUUUGAACCAUUAUAUGAGGCUAAAUGUUUGCGGACCUUCCUACCUACCUCUUUAAAUCUAGAUAUAUCUCAUGAAAGAUUUUUUGUAAGUAAAAAAGUUCUACAAGAUUUGUUGCCAUCACUAAGAUGUUUACGGGUGUUAUCAUUGUCACGUUAUCAAAAUGUCACUGUGUUACCUGAUUCUAUUGCAAACCUCAUUCACUUGCGCUACUUGGAUCUUUCCCAUACUGCAAUUGAAAGGUUACCUAGGGUACUUUUUAAUCUCUACAACUUGCGGACAUUACUAUUGUCAAAUUGUUCCUCUCUCCUUGAAUUGCCUGCAGACAUUAGAAAAUUGAUUAAUUUACAGAAAUUGAUGUUGGGAGGUUGUAGCUCUCUUAUUAAAUUGCCUGCAUGCAUGAAGGAGUUGAUUAAUUUGCAUCAUCUUGAUGUCAAUGGAACUAAAAUUGAAGAGAUGCCGGUGCAAAUGGGUAGAUUGAAAAAUUUGAGAACAUUGACUGCAUUUGUUGUGGGCAAAUCUACUGGGUCAGGCAUAAGAGAAUUGAGGGAGUUCCCGCAACUUCGAGGAAAACUAUCAAUUUUGAAGCUACAAAAUGUAGUUGAUGCGAGGGAUGCACUGCACGCCAAUAUGAAGCACAAGGAAGAUCUCAAGGAGUUAGAGUUUUCAUGGGGUGCGGAGGAUGCUGAUGAUUCCCGAAAGGAGAAAGAUGUACUCGACAAGCUCCAGCCUUGUGUGAAUUUGGAGAAAUUAACCAUCAGAUUCUAUGGUGGAACCAAUUUUCCGAAUUGGUUAGGAGACUCAUCUUUUUCUAACAUACAAGUCAUGCAUCUCAGUAACUGUAGUUAUUGUUGGUCGCUCCCACCAGUUGGGCAGCUACCAGCACUCAAGGAACUCUGUAUAGAAAGAAUGAAGCUUGUGAAGACUAUUGGUGUCGAAUUCUAUGACAGAAAUGGAGCUUAUCUAACUCAGCCAUUUCAAUCUUUGGAGAAGCUGGAGUUUAGGGAAAUGCUAGAGUGGGAGGAAUGGGUGCCAAGUGGAAGUGCAAGUGGAGGUGAAUAUGGUCCAGACUUUCCUCAUUUGCAGGAGCUGAUUCUAAUUAAGUGUCCGAAGCUGGGAGGAAGUUUGCCUUGUGAGCUGCCUUGCUUGAAGAAGCUUACGGUGUCCGGCUGUGGCGUUUUACAUGAUGGAAGGGCCACUUCCACAACUACCAAUAGUCUUAACUAUAAAUCUCUUGAAAAAUUGAAAAUAGAAAAUGGAUGCCAAACAGCUCUGUUAUCGUUAUUAGAGACAACGCUCCUGUCCCGACUUGAGAUUGGAAAUGUUGUUGACGUACAGUGCUUGCCCAAACAGCUCUGCAAUCGCCUUCAAAGUUUGACUCUUCGGAAUUGUCCAACGCUGUCGUCGUUCCCUAAAGAUGGCCUUCAAAGUUUGAAAUCACUUGCUAUAGACAAUUGUAGGAUAUUAGAAUUCCUACCCCAUGAGAUGUUGGCCAAAUUGACAUCUCUUGACUAUUUGUGGAUAGAGAAAAGCUGUGAUUCAAUGAGGUCCUUCCCGUUGGGCAUUUUUCCCAAAUUGACGGUGCUUCAAAUUGUGGAUUGUAAGAAUCUGGAAUCCCUUUCCAUUGAUGAGAAUCUCAGCCAUCUCAGCCAUCUCAGUGAGUUUUUAGUUUUUGGAUGCGAGAAUUUGAAGUCAUUGCCCGAACGCCUUCACACCCUCACAGCCCUUCGAUCUUUGCGGAUAUGGAAUCUUCCGAAUCUGGAGUCGUUUGCAGAAGAUGGGGGUUUGCCUCCCAACCUCCGACGUUUUAGCCUUGGGAAUUGUGACAGACUGAGGGCUUCAUCAGUGGGAGAGUACUGGGGAUUGCAAGCACUUGUCUCCCUUGAACAAUUUCGUAUGGGUGGAAGUGACCAUGUCUUGGAGACGUUGCUCAAGGAACAGCUGCUCCCUACCACUCUUCACACUUUCAGCAUCUCUGAUCUAUCAACUCUGAAAUCUAUGGACGGAAAGGGUCUUGGACACCUCACUUCUCUUCAAGUGCUAGAAAUUUGCAACUGUCCAAGUCUGGAAUUCCUGCCAGGAGAGGAACUUCAACACCUCACUUCUCUUCAAAAGCUAUACAUUAGGAACUGUCGCAGUCUCCAAUGCCUGCCAGAAGAGGGUUUGCCGCCAUCUCUUUCUUAUCUGCGUAUCCUCCUUUGUCCUGCCCUGGAGAAAAGGUAUAAGAAUAAGACGGGACAAGAUUGGGCCAAGAUAUCUCACAUUCCUUGCAUCGAGAUAGGCAACGAAGUGAUCAUAUAA